GUGUGUGACUGUAUAACUUUGCCGGCUUUCUAUUGGCUGAUGAGGUUAAGGGCGGCCAUUUUGUGUUAAAAUCAUUGUAGUUCUCAGUUUGCGGCACUUGAGUCAGCACUUAAGAUUGAGUCUUACACUUUACUGAAAGUUGCUUUCAGCCUCUUUAUAAACUAAGAUUUUUUUUAAACUUAAGUCAUAGCUUAAGACUAUUCUCAAGAGCAUUUCUGAGAUGUACAUACGGGCCCAGGUGACAGAGAACACAGACAGAGCACUCCAGGCAAAGAGAACAGCAGAGCACACAGACAACAAAAUAAAACUACGAAAAAAAUUGACUAAAGAACAAGAAAAGACUUGACUAGAACUAAAAGGCGAAGCACAUAACAUAACAAACUUGCAGGCAACAGAGGGGAGAAGAGAACUAAAUAGCAAACCGAGGGAGAGAAAAUGAUCAUCAGGUGUGGGACGGACAUUCCUCAUAUAGCCAAAUGCAGCAGCAAAGCUUGUGAGCGCGCUCAAACGCUGAUGACAUCUGCAGCUGCGCUGACUGCAGUGCCUGCCGCCAGAAUAAAGUAAUGUAACAUGAUCAAAACACUAUGAAAACGGCAAAAAUCUCUGAAAAGUGACAAGGAUGCAGCACAGCAUUGAUAAUAUUGUGCAUAUUAAACAGAUUGAAAGAGUAACAGAUUAAUGGAUGCUUUUUUGAUUUUGAGGUUGCAUACAAAAUCCAUUUGGCUCAAAAAACCGAGGGGCACGUGCCCCCUCAGUUUGAAUUGGCAUGACGCCUCUGUAACACACUGAAAUACAUCACUUCUGGUCGGCGUGUCACAUCACAUGCGGUGUAGUCGCACAAGUUUAUUUUCUUUAAUGCAUUCAAAGGUCAAAUUGGAUCGAUAACACCAGAUGGUUGGCUUCCCACGCAGCCAGUUUCUGACUCCCUUUCCGUGUUUUCGGCCGUCAUUUGUCAUGUGGAAAGGUAAAAGUAACCGCGCUGAAUUUAAAUCAGACUAUGGCCGUUUCUCAAUGAGGUCGCAUUUCCAGGCUGCAAACAUCAUCAAGUCUUAUUUCAGAAUUUUAACAAUUAUAAUGUUGACUAUAGUUAAUCGUAAAUUGGUGUAUUAUACUUAUGAUUUGUGAAUGUAAUGCUCACUUAACUUAAACUUAAUGAUGUAUGCAGUCUGCAUAUGCCACCUCUGGAGGCUGCAGCCUUCCGAUUGAGAAACACCCAAAUGUGACUGGCGGGCUGGAUAAAGAUGAUUGGCAGGCCGCGCUUGGCCUGCAGGCUGCCAGUUGACUAGCCCUGUUGUAGGCUAUAUAAGGCUUAAUAUUAUGUAGAGUCAUAUAGAAGGGGCUUAAGUUUGUGAUUAUUAACUUUUUUGUUUCACUUGAUCACGCAGCUUUUCCUGUUAGAGGUUUCUGUUAAAAACAUUGAAUUCCUUAAUAAUCUAGUAUGUGUUCAUUGUUCUGUCAUAUUUUCUUCAAAAUUAAGUUUUAUUUGAGUGUUUUUUCUUAUUUAUGUUGUUUUUUCUAAUUUGCAAAUUUAUUAUUUUUGUUUUCUUUAUUGUGUUUUUAAUUCGUUAAAAGUAUCUUAAAUCUAAUUUUUGUUAAUGAAACUUUUUUAUUGCACAGUCCACAUGGAGAGAAAAUAUUUAAGGAUGUUGUUUAUUGGCCUGUGCUUUGGAAUUACAGGACUUGUGGUUUUAUGGACUUAUCUGGGAAGUAAAGAAGCAAAACAUCCUCCAACCAGCUUUUUGUCACAACACUUUGCAAAACUUUACAACUCCAGAAACUUCUCCACCUCUCCUGCAGAUGUUCGGCUAGAAAUCAGUUCAGAAGACUCAGAGUCAAGUUCAAGUUCAUUUUACUCUGAAUUUGGAAUCAGUUUAGAAAGUUACUCCAGUUUACAGCAGACUCUUUACUGGGCUGGACCAGACAGAUCAAUCACAAAUGUGUCUAUGAGUACAAGUCCAGAUCACUCCACUUUCAUCAUUCAGAACCUGAAAGACAGCUACCAAAUAGGGGAGGAGCUUUUUGUUACUAUCCAUGCCAGAGACUUUAACAAUAAACCUAAACGUUAUGGAGGGGAUUUCUUUCAAGCAAAGUUGUUCUCAUCCGAAAGUCCCAAAAAGGCCAGUGUGUUUGGGGAGGUGGUGGAUUUGCUUGAUGGUUCCUACUCUGUGCGUUUUCUUCUGCCGUGGGUUGGAGAGGCACAGGUGGCUGUGCGUCUGAUCCACUCCAGUGAAGCUGUGCAGGUCCUCAAGCAUCACAGAGACACUGACUCUGACAGAGUGUCUUUUCAUGGACAUUUUGAAGGACCAGGACCAAAUGGGACCAGACUGAAAGAAACAGUGUUGUGCAAUGUGAAAUCAGACAAGAAUGGACUAGAGAGAAUCAACAUUGGAGAUUGUUGCUGUGAAUACAAAGAUUCUCGCACUGGAGAAGAAUGGCGCUGUCGGAGACCCAAAUCACUGCCAUGUAGCGCUCGCGUGUAUCACUCUAUUGGAGGGUAUAUCAACUACAUGACUGCCGAAGAAGAAAUGUUUUUGAAUCCAAGCAACAAGGGUAUCAAUGGACUAAACAACACAAUCAAGAUUCUUCCCUCUAACAGAAGUACAGAAAUUGAUGUAACACAGAAAUGUCGCCCUGGUUUGCAUACACCAGUUCCUGCUGGCUUUUACCUGAAUGAUGUUUGGACGUCUUUUGUUUGUAGCACUCAUCAUUUUACUAGCCAAACAACAACACAGUGCCUGAAAGACAAACACAUCUACUUGAUGGGAGACUCUACCUUGAGGCAGUGGUUUGAGUUACUGCUGAAAGUUGUACCAACUUUGAAGGAGAUGAAUCUGCAUGUUCUACAACCGGCAGGUCCUCAUUUAGCAGUGGAUGUGGAGAACAACAUUGAUGUACACUGGAGGCAUCACGGCCUUCCAGUCCGCUGUCAGAAAUCAGAAGUUACUAAUCUGCACUACAUCAGUAAUCAGAUUGAUGAUCUCAAUGGAGGACCUCAUUCUGUGUUUGUUAUUCACCUGGGGGUCCACUUUUCAACAUAUCCGCUAGAUUACUUCACUAAAAGAGUGCUGAGGACCCGCAAAGCUGUUCUAGAUUUGUUACAGCGCGCACCAGAGACUACAGUUGUAAUCAAGACGGCCAACACUGGCUUUAAGGAUCUGUUUGGAAGUGACUGGUAUGUCCAGCAGUUGGACACAAUUCUACGGUGGGCUUUUCAGGAUGUUGGUGUUUAUAUUCUAGAUGUGUGGCAAAUGACAGCCUGUCACUACAACAAAGAGAACAUUCAUCCAGGUGAAGUUAUCCUCAGAAAUGAGAUGGACAUUUUACUAUCUUUUAUUUGUCCUGCAUGAACUUUUUGAAAGUUAUGACAAAGUCAAAGGAUAACAUGUUUUCUAAUUUAUUGUUUUAAAUGUGAAAAAAUCGGGCAGGAAAAUGGGUGAAUAUUUUAAAAAAUAUUUGUAUAAUCACUCUUCUGUUUCUUUGUUGGGUAUGAUUUUAAUAAUUUGGGGCAAAAAGCUAUUUUAAAUUUGAACAAUCUUUUUUACACUUAAUUAAAAUCGCUAAACAUUCCAUUUUAUGCAUAACUGUAAAAGUUUAUAAAAUAGACAAACAUAUACAGGCUUCCAAUAGUUGUGAUUACAAGAUUAAACUUAUGUGAAAGUGUUUCGUUUAUUGUCAGUGGUUAUGAUGGGGUGGACACAGCUAAUGAAGUUUAUGAGUUUUCAUGUCACUGUGUCAUUGAAGGAAAUGUGGUGUUGUCAUAUCAAGAUGUGAAAAUAUGAUGGUUGGUUUCGGGAAUAACAAGAGAAAAAUUUCAGUAUAACAAAGCCAUCGCUGCAUUUUAAGUUGCCAAAUAUAAGAUAAACCAGGGUACUAUCCAUAGUUUACCAUAUUACUGAAGCCUGUUACAGUACUACUGUUUUUUAAUGCGUAGUUUUAUUUUCUAUGGAGAGUUUUGUAAUUUUGGUCCAGAUGUCCACACUAUUAGUAGUCAAAAAUGAAAUAAAUUCGAACCAGCGUUUAUAUUUUAUUUGGAAACACUAAAAACAUUCAAAACACUUCUAUUCUGAUUAAACUUCUGUACUUAUUUUGAAUGUGCACAAGCGAUGGAAAGCAGGUGUUGUUUAAGCCAUCAAUACAGUAUUCUGUAAUGAAACGUGUAUAUAAAUCUGCUAUUUAAACUGCAAUAAUCCUAAAAUAUAUGUAUCAGAAGUGUAUCAUCUCUAAAACUGCCCUAAAAGAGUAUGAAAUUAUAAUGGGCAGUUGGAGAUUUUAAUGACAUAAUUUAUAGGAUUAUUGUAUUACAUUUCUUCUUUUUAUGUAACAGAAUUAACAGUAAAGUGAAUCUGCUGUAUUGCUAAUAUUACAACUCUUCCAGAUUAAAAUCCAAAUGGAAAUAUUCCAGAUUCUGUUGUAUCCAACUGUAACUCUCUUUAUAUAUCAGUAUGCACUAGAAAUAAAAGCACACGAUUUACCAACCCA